UUGUCAGUGAAGAUUCUCUCCUCCCAGAAAUUUAUUCAUAUCGUUCCACGCUCUAUACACUAUCUUGUCUACUAUUUCUGCCAAUAAGCCAACUAGAGGCGCUGUGUUGGACAAUUUGAGUCCAUUUUACAAAUUCCCAAUGGAGCUUAAUUUCUCACGCCUGGAGGACUUUUCAGAAAGACUUUCCAAAGUCCUUCUGUAUCUCAUACAAGAAAACAAUGCCCACCAUCACCAUCAUUCAGGCCAUCAUUGCGCACACCACAACGAUUUAGAAUGGGUUUCGGAGUUGGACACUUGGGCUCAAUUAGAGACAAUGCAUCAGAUACUAUGCCAGCGUCCCCCAGAUCCCGCCCUUCCUGAUGGGAUUUUGGUCGAUGUUGACGCUAUCAUCAAAUACCAUAACAGCCACAACCUCCUGACCUCGUCGAAAUCGAUCGCUCCUAGCGCGAUUCUGAAAACCAGCCCUAACCCAGGGAAAAACAAAUCCAUCAACCUGUCCGUCUGGAAAGGCGACAUCACCACCCUUACAGACGUCACAGCGAUUGUCAACGCCGCAAAUUCCCAGCUUCUGGGAUGUUUCCGUCCAGAGCACCGGUGCAUCGAUAACAUCAUCCACGGAGCCGCGGGUCCUCGGCUUCGCGAUGCCUGUCACGCCAUCAUGCUUGACCAGGGCCACCUCGAGCCCGUGGGCUCCGUCAAAGUGACUCCAGGGUUCAAUCUCCCAGCAUCGUAUGUUCUCCAUACGGUGGGUCCACAGCUGAAUGGUAGACAAGAGCCCAACGAACGACACGAGAAACAGCUGGCGGACUGCUACACGUCGUGUCUGGACGCAAUGGAGGCUCUCCCAUCACUCCCGGAUGGCCGCAAGGUCGUUGUCUUCUGCUGUAUUUCCACGGGGCUAUUCGCGUUCCCAUCUGACCUGGCGGCUAGAAUCGCUUUGAAUGCCGUGGUGGAGUGGUGUUUCGCGAACCCAGCCACGACGGUGACGGAUAUUGUUUUCGAUACCUUCCUUGAGAAAGACUGGGUUAUAUAUAGAGACAAUGUCCGCUCGCUGCAACAACAUCCCAACAUCGCGGUCUCGGAUUUGAUCCCACCCACAAAGCUCCUCGAUCCCGUUGUCACCCCAGCUGUAUCGCAGGCCCGCGAAUGGCUCCAGAACGCAGACUACCUGCUCAUCACCGCGGGCGCCGGUCUCUCAGCAGCCAUCGGCCUCGAUUAUACCUCGCGAGACCUCUUCGCAAAACAUUUCCCUGCAUUCCAAUCCCUCGGCCUCAACCGCCUCUACGACGUCUUUGGCUUUCAACGCUGGAAAUCCCAGAAGCAAACAUGGGGAUACUAUUUCCUCCACCUCAACAUGGUCCGAACGUGGCCUCAAUCCGCACUCUACGCUCGACUACUCAAACUCGCCGACCGGUUCGACUCCCGAUACUUCGUGCGCACGUCCAACGCAGACGGACUCUUCGUGGCGAAUGGCUUCCCCACGGACCGAGUGUCCACACCGCAAGGGGGCUAUCGGCUCCUGCAGUGUCUGGCCAAAUGUCGACCCGAUGCGGUGUUUCCGUCAGAUCCUUUCGUGGACGCCGCACUACCGCUUAUUGAUCCCACCACGCAGUCCUUGACAGACGAGUCGAAGAUUCCUCGUUGCAAAUACUGCAGAGGCGAGUUGACGCUGUGCGUUCGCGGUGGAGAUUACUUCAACGCACGACCGUUCCGGGAGCAGGAGAGGAAAUAUAAUCAGUUCGUCUCGGACGCGUCGCAAGCGCUUGACUUGCAUAGCAGCCGUAUGCGAGGAAAACAGAUACAAAAACAAGAGCAAAAAAGAAAUGGAGAAGUUGCUUCCGAUACGGGGAAUCGAACCCCGAGCUGCCGUGUGAGAGACGGCGAUGUUAACCAUUACACCAUAUCGGAUGUGUUUGUUGAAAGGAAGCGGCAGAUUGUGGUUCUUGAACUAGGUGUUGGUCUGAACACGCCCGGGGUGUUGCGAUGGCCGAACGAGGAAUUGUUGGAAUCGUCGCCAGGUCGAAGUUUCCGGUUGAUUCGCGCAGGCAUUGGGGCUUCUGCGUGUGUGCCAUGGGAUUUGGAGGAACAAGGCUUGGCGGUGGGGCUGGCGGGUGAUUUGAAUGCUGUGGUGCACGCAUUGGUGGGUUGAUGGUAU